UCUUGUUGAGAAGCAAGAUGCUAAAACCACUUUCAAGCCUGACAAACAUGCUGAUGAACUCAUGAAAGUGGCUGAUGAAUCGCUAUCAAAAGUAGAUUUGUUUAAAAGAAGUUCUGGUACUGAAGAUAGGAAACAUGUAUCAGCUAGAUCCCAAGGCAGGGAAUCUAAAGAGGAAGUGGACCUAUCAGCCAGAACAGCAGUUCUUCCUGCAGAACACAGUGGGCCUAGCAUGGAUGGAAAACCAGAAGCUGCGGAAGAGUUACCAUUUAGAAAGAUUAAAAACCAGAACACUAUUUCACAUACAUCAUUUAUUUCACAAGAUAUACAGCUAAUGAAAGAGAGGAUGAAACUUAAGGAAGAGGAGGAGAAUGAGGAGCAAAAUGACAAAUCACUAAUUGAAUUUGACUGUACAAGACCGGAAGAAAAAGAAUGUGGUCAAGAAAUCAAGCGACAGAAUGAAAAAUCAAAUCUCUUGGAACAUCAGGAACAGAAGCUGCCAGCUCAGAAAUGUGAAUCGGAGAAGGCAAUACAAGAAAAAAGAAGAAUAAGGGAGAUCAGAGCAUUCUGGGACAGGGAUAAAACUAUUCCCAGUGAUGAAGAGAAAGACAUCAGUAUCAAGAUUAAUGCAUCAGAUGGUGGUACAUUGAAAGGUCUCAGAAAAAGUGAUAAAAUAAAACCAUUUGCAGAAUACCUGCCUAAUGGACUGGAUGAUCAAAGCAAGAAUAUGUUAAGGAGUGCUAAACUGAGUUGUGCAAGCCAGGCUUCAAGAAAUGAAGGACCAGGCCAUGCGUUUGAAAAGCCAGAAAGAACAAUUCCACCUAAUGAAGUUAAUGAAUAUACAAAAAUGCCAAAAGCCAGUAAUUUGCAGCCAAGUGUUGAUGCCACUUCACCUUCCCUAGAGAGCAAAGGCAAAGGUGAGAAAGAAGCAUCUAAAGGAAAAGUUGCUGUUUUUUCCCAACAGAAGCCUAGCUUCCAGGUUUUGUCUAUAAAAGAAAAAAUGAAAGAAAUAUCCAAGGACCAAAUUUCAGAUCCUUCACAGUUCCAGAGUUUGAGAAACUUCUGGGAUACCAGAGUUAAAUUACAGAGUAGGAUUGAUAGGGGAGUUGUUUCUAUGCCAAAUAAUAUUAGUUCAAUAACCUAUGAAAGAAAAUUGGAGGAAGAGAAGGGCGGAGAUAAUGUAAGCAAGCAAGAGUUAAUUCAACAACAAACUCAAACAUCAGAGAGAGAAAAAAAACAUAAAACAGAUUCUGUCUUAUGCGAACUUCCUGUAGGAUCUCCUACCCUAAAAGGUCUCAAUAGAAUGCACAUAAAAAAUACAGAUUCUGUCCAGCUGGGCAGAAAACCAGUUAUCUUGAAACCCCCGGAAAAGAUGGGUCUUCCAGAGCAAGAAGUUAAAGAAUGUAUAGAAAAAAGUAUAAUUUCACCAAAAGAACAUAAUGUUUCCUUGUUGCUGCAAUCACCUAGUGAUAAAGAUGCUUUGAAGGAGAGAGCAGUAGAUAAUUGGCUAUGUUUACCUAUAGAAGAAGAGGAGAAAAAGACUACUCCAUUAAAUAUCAAACUUCCUAAUGGAGAAGUUGAAGAGACUGUGGAUAAGGUGGUUCUACUGAAGGCUGAACUUGAUGUGUUUAAAUUAGGCCUAAAGAAGUUAGAAAAGGAAGCCUCUGAGGUGUCAUCUAGCUUGAAACGAGAAGAAAAUGUUUCAAAAGGGACGACUUUUCACUCGGAUCAGUGCAAGGUUUCUGAAAGAACUGUGGAACAGAGUGACAAUAUUUCUCCUGCUGAUCAAAAAGAAGAAAUAAGCAAAAGCACAGGAAAAGUGAAUGUACUGUCUACAGAUGAGCAUGAAAACGUAAAAAGCCUCAGGGAACUGUUCAGGGAAUUUGAACCUUUCUGUCUACGAUAUCUGGCAGCAGGCAAGGCUGGCACUCUGACGAGUUCUCAGAGGCCUCAAGCUGGUUUGCAGAACCUGCUCAGAGAAACCUUUGCAUUUCAGCCUUCUGAAUAUAGAAAGGUGGGAAUGAAAACAACAGAUGACACAAAUAGUAUAUCACGAACAAAUUUUAGUGUAGAAUCAACAUGCCAAGAAGAUACUGGUCAGCCUGAAGAGGUCAACGAGACCAUAGGAAAAUCCUUUGCCCCCUCCAAGGUCAGUGGCUUGACUUCUGCUUUAGAGAAACUGCUCAAGGAAGCCUCUGAAACGCCACCUCCUAAACCAAAACAUGCUGACAACACAGUCCAGAGAACUAUGAAGAUGGAAGUUGGAAGCAUGACCUAUGAGUGUGAUGGAGAGUUGCCUGGGGAAAUCAGAGAAACAGUAGAAAAAUCCUUUGCCCCAUCCAAAGUCAGUGGCUUGACUUCUGCUUUAGAGAAACUGCUGGAAGAGGCCUCUGAAAUGCCGCCUCCUAAACCAAAGCGUGCUGACAACACAGUCCAGAGAACUGUGGAGAUGGAAGCUAGAAGUAUGACUUAUGAUCAUAAUGGGGAAUUGCCACAGGAAAUCAGAGAGACCAUAGAGAAGUCUGUUGCCCCAUCCAAGGUCAGCGGCUUGACUUCUGCUUUGGAGAAACUGCUGGAGGAGGCCUCUGAAAUGCCGCCUCCUAAACCAAAGCAUGCUGACAACACAGUCCAGAGAACUGCAGAGAUGGAAGUUAUAAGCAUGACCUGCAGGCAUGGUGGUGAGUCACCCCAGGAAAUCAGAGAGUCCAUAGAAAAAUCCGUUGCCCCAUCCAAGGUCAGCAGCUUGACUUCUGCUUUAGAGAAGCUGCUGGAAGAGGUCUCUGAAGUGCCACCAACUAAAUCAAAGCGUGCUGACAACACAGUCCAGAGAACUGCAGAGGAGGAAGUUGAAAGUGUGACUUAUAAGCAUGAUGGCGAGUUACCACAGGAAAACAGGGAGGAUGUAGAAAAGUCUGUUUCCCUAUCCAAGGUCAGCAGCUUGACUCCUGCUUUGGAGAAACUGCUGAAGGAGGCCUCUGAAAUGCCACCUGCUAAACCAAAGCAUGCUGAUGGCACAGUCCAGAGAACUGCAGAGAUGGAAGUUAUAAGGAUGACCUAUAAGCGUGAUGGGGAAUUGCCACGGGAAGUCAGGGAGACCAUAGAAAUGUCUGUUGCCCCCUCCAAGGUCAGUGGCUUGACUUCUGCUUUAGAGAAACUGCUCAAGGAGACCUCUGAAAUGCCACCUCCUAAACCAAAACAUGCUGACAACACAGUCCAGAGAACUAUGGAGAUGGAAGUUGAAAGCAUGACCUAUGAGCGUGAUGGAGAGUUGCCUGGGGAAAUCAGAGAAACAGUAGAAAAAUCCUUUGCCCCAUCCAAAGUCACUGGCUUGACUUCUGCUUUAGUGAAACUGCUGGAAGAGGCCUCUGAAAUGCCACCUCCUAAACCAAAGCGUGCUGACAACACAGUCCAGAGAACUGUGGAGAUGGAAGCUAGAAGUAUGACUUAUGAUCAUAAUAGGGAAUUACCACAAGAAGUCAGAGAGACCAUAGAGAAGUCUGUUGCCCCAUCCAAGGUCAGCGGCUUGACUUCUGCUUUGGAGAAACUGCUGGAGGAGGCCUCUGAAAUGCCGCCUCCUAACCCAAAGUGUGUUGACAACACAGUUCAGAGAACUGUGGAGAUGGAUGUUGAAAGCAUGACUUGUGAGUGUGAUGCUGAGCUGCUGCAGGAAAGCCAAGAGACUAUGGAAAGAUCUGCAUUGUCCAAGUCUGAAUGCGGAAUGCUUGAUGUUAAUUUGCAGAGGCUACCGGAUGAAGUCUCUGAAACACCAGCUUCUGUGUUGAAAAAUAUGGACAAGAAAGAGCAAGGUAAAAUACAGGCUGAUGAAAGUGUGCAUGCUCCACAUCAACAAGAGAGAGACUGUUCUCGUGAAAUACAAGAAACAAUAGAAAAGACUUCUGUUUCAAAUACUGCAAAAUUUGGUGAAUUCAGUAGCUCUUUAGAAAAUCUUCUGCAAGAAGCAUAUGAAAUUUCUCCUCCAAUAUCUGAAGAGUUGGAUAAACAAGAACAUAAACAAGAAAAGUUUGGGGAUUGUGUGUUUCCAUCACAAAAAGCGACUCUGUUUGUGACAAUAUCACAGCCAUAUAGUGCUUUAAGUAGCUAUCAGACACAGAUAAGAAUAGCUACCAAAGGUGAACCUCUCAAACAAAAUAUCAGAACUUCAAUGAAUGAUCUUUCAGUAAGUGAAAUUGAAGCUUCUGAUCUUCCCAAAAGGAAAGGAGCUGUUUAUAAGAUAGAAAAGAGAAGCAUGGUUCAGGUUGAUCUCUCUCCCUUGGAAAGAGAUACCAAUAUGAUUGCAAGCAAGCCAUUUGAGAUGAAUGAAAAAGGAAGGAGAGAUGAAAAUAUAUCCUUGGAUGACUCUCCGAAUAAUUCAGAAUUUAAAUCACUACUGAAAUUCAGAAGAACAAGCACACCACUUAAAGAUGAGAGUGACUCCCUCCAGCCAGAAGGAGCUCAACUCUGCCUAACGUCUCAGCCUGAGGAUAAUGAAGAAGUGGAAGAUGAUGGCUCAAAUUCGGGAUUCAGGUUUUCAUAUGAAAACUCUGAUUCCCUCUCUGGAACCACGAGUUCAGUUUGUUCAGAAGAACAAUUAAAUCCUGUUUUGAUGGCUUUGAAAAGGAGUGCAGAUAGGAAAAUGCCUUCCAAAAGUCUAGAGGACAUUCCAUCAGCCACCUCAAAUAAAGGAAAAAUAAAUAAUCCAAAGGACGAAUUAGCUCUUAGUGCUGAAGAUGGUCCGAAACUUGGUCAGCAUCAAGAGAGGAAUGAAAAUGCAGCAGGAAUUUCCACAGUGCUGUCACAGCCUGAUAAGCUGUCUUCCCAUCCUGAAAAACUAAAAGGACUGAGCAAGUCUGUACCGUCAUUCCUACAGGAAGAGAGUGAUGACAGAGAGACAGAUACAGCAUCAGAAAACAGUUAUUCCCUUGGCAGAAUCAAGAAGAGUCCCAGCUCUCUAACCAAUCUUAGCAGCUCUUCUGGCAUGGCCUCCUUAUCCUCUGUGAGCGGCAGCAUAAUGAGCAUCUACAGUGCAGACUUCGGGAAUGUUGAUGUGAAGGGGAACAUCCAGUUUGCUAUCGAUUAUGUAGAGCAGCUGAACGAGCUCCACAUUUUGAUUUGCCAGUGUAAAGACUUGGCAGUGGCAGAUGUGAAACGACAGCGUUCAGACCCGUAUGUAAAGACCUACCUGCUUCCAGAGAAAUACAAGCUGGGCAAACGGAAGACGUCUGUGAAAAAGAAAACUUUAAAUCCAGUCUAUAAUGAAAUACUGCGGUAUAAAAUUGAGAAGGGUCUUCUAAAGAACCAAAGCCUUAAUAUCUCUGUCUGGCACAAUGAUACCUUUGGGAGGAAUAGCUUCCUUGGGGAAGUAGAGCUGGAUUUAGGAACCUGGGACUGGAAUGAUAAAUCCAACAAGCAGAUCAACUGGUUUCCACUCAAGCCAAGGUCUUCAACAAUUGCUGUUGAACCAGAAAACAGAGGGGAGAUGAAACUAGCCCUCCAGUAUGUUCCUCACCCUGUUGGAGGAAAGAAGAUGGUGUAUACUGGUGAGGUCCACAUCUGGGUGAAAGAAUGCCAUGACCUUCCUCUUCUGAGGGGCAACAGGCUUAACUCUUUUAUUAAGUGUACUGUUCUUCCAGAUACUAGCAGAAAAAGCCGCCAGAAAACAAGAACAGUGGCAAAAACUACAAACCCAGUAUUCAACCACACCAUGGUCUAUGAUGGCUUUAGACCAGAGGAUGUGAAAGAAGCCUGCAUAGAGCUCACAGUCUGGGAUCACCACAAACUGGCCAACCACUUUCUGGGAGGUCUCAGGAUAGGCCUUGGAACAGGCAAAAGCUAUGGAACCACAGUGGACUGGAUGGAUUCUACUCCAGAUGAAAGUGCCCUUUGGAAGAAGAUGAUGAACUCACCAAACACGUGGAUCGAAGAUACACUACCUCUCAGGAUGCUGAUGGUUGCAAAACUGACAAAAUAAGGUGGCCUUUUAAUUGCAAGUGUCAAAAAGAAACCUUGGAAAUGAAAUUAAAGGUGUGGAGUGAAACUUGGAAGAAGAACACAGCAGCUCUUUUGACAGUCCCUGCUCCAUGGCUGUGUUGGUUUUGUGCUGUCAAGUGUCACUUUGUAUUUAAAAAUUAAACUUGUGCCUGCAGGUUAUUAUGUAAAUAUAAGGUUUUCUUUAUUUUCAGUGAAUAAGAAAUAAACUUCAAGAAAGAAGGCACUUACACAUGGUAGGGGUGGCUGUGUCACCUGGAUGCUUGUUUUGCCAAACCGAAGUGUUGCUGAACCUUUAAAUAAUCUAAAUUACCAGCGAAAGAAUAAGAGCAAGUCAACUCUUUCUGUACAGGAUUGUUCAUGAAGUGUUAUUAAUAAGAUGGCAACAGUUCCUUUUUGUUCAUGCUGAUUAGGACGUGUCCAAUCAUCAGACCCUAUCACAUCUCUCUGGCAAGGAACAUGAGCAUGAAGAAGGUUGGUUUGUUUGUUUCCAAAGUUCCUUUAUCUGUAGUUGUACACGUCUAGGAUAUGAAAGUCGCUUCUAUAAGGAAAGAAGCAUUACAUGAAGUGGUCAAUGUCCUAUUCUGCAAGGCACAGAGGACUGUUUGUUCCAAUGUAUUAUAAAGAAACAGGGUUAUAAGAAGUUUGCUCGUACGUGUUUAUCUUGCUAGCAUGCAGUCUUUACUCUUACAUGCUGAAGGUACAGAGGUGAAACUUUGUUUAUUCAAAUGCUGUUUUGAAGGAUCUAAACCUGCCAGCUUUAGUGAUGACGAGUAGGUUUGUGUAUUUAUUCUGUGGUGCCGCUCCUCUGUACUUCUCUAUUAGCUUGGGUUUCUGCAAAAAGUCAUUUCUCUGUGUGCUUCACUGCCACCGUCAGGAGAACGCUGGGAUUAUCAUCCUCUCAGUUUAGGUAGCUUCACUGCAACAGGAGAUGGGAAUGGAAUUUGAAACUUGUAGAAAUGCCUGCUACUAAAGAAAGAGAAAUGCAUAAAAUUCAAAAUGUAUCACUUUUUUUUUUAAAAAAAAUAAAAGCAGCCUAUUAAAGAUAAAUUGGAAUUCAAUGUUUAUUAAACACCAGUGGUUUAUAUUAGCAAUUCCGCAUGCUACACAAAAUGCAGUCAGAAAGCGUCUCUGAAAAUAAAUGCACCUUUAAUUGCUCCCACUUGUACAUCUGAAAGCUGGUGAAAUCUUGCACCUCAGUUAGAGUAGAGAGGAGGAGGUGGCUCAGAGCUGCUUAGUUUAAUCAUAGAUAUUUAAAUCCUCCUUGGUAUUUAUUAUGCACUAGGAGUGGAGAAAAAUAAAGGUUCUGUUCAGCCUGCUGGGGAACCUGCUUUCUCUCUCAUCAGCCAGGUGGUCCAUGUGGCUUACAAACGCCAACAGCAGUUGUCAUUCCUGUUAUCUUACUGCUUCAGGUGUUUUGGGUGAGAUUGGCAACUGCUACAGAGGCCGUUUUGCCAGACAGAGACAUACAAAUGUCACUCUUGUGCAGCUGGGGAACAAUGUGCACCACACUUGAGAACAAUGUGGUCACACUUAAAUGGGACAGCAGCCCAUUUGUGUUCUUUAACACAGCUUUUGUGUUCUUUAAUCGCCACGCCAGGAAGGGAUUCUGGAAAAGCAAAGAGCCCCUGGUUUAUUUGUAUUCACUGCCAAUAUGAGUUCACUUUCAUCUGAAAAAACAGGUUGCUGUGAAUGUGGCCUCCAGUUUCACAGGAUUCAAACUGUUGUUUUGUUCCCUGUGAAGCUCGUACAUUGCUGUGUCAGAACAGCUCUGGGGCUUCAACCACAGGGAUGGAGCCUUGAGGGUUGAGACUGGCAGGCAAGCGUUAGUCUGCUGUGUUCUGCACUGUACAGAACUGUAAGAGGUAAACUUGGCUGCCAUCAAAAGAAAAUGUUGGGUUUGUGACAGUGUCACCCUUGCUGUCUCCUGACGAAGUAGAACACCUUCUGUCUCGCUGUUCUUGAACAUCCUAGAGAUAGACAGCAUUUUGUUAUCAUAUCAAAAAGCACUGCCUAUCACAACACUAAACAGAUCACAACUUAAAUUUCCAAAAGCUACCUCAACAGGCACAUAAGAUUUACUUGUGCACCACGCUUAUAAUGAGUGUGAUUAACUAAUGACACAGUAUUACGUACUCAAGUAGAUUAACCGAGAAGCUGAGUCAAGUAACCAAACCAGACCCUUUAAUAUAAAAAAAAUCAGAUAUUCCUUCCCAGUUUUUAAUACCUUUUGUCAGCAUAUGCAGAAAACAAACCUUUACAGGCAAGGGUCUCAGGACGGUUGCUACCACACACACCAAGUCUUCCUUGUGCUUCCAAACGUAUAGGUCAGUGGAGGCAGGCAAAGCAGUAUCUUUGAAAAGUAACACUAGCGUUUCACAGAGUGACGUAUCUUAAAGUUAUUCUUGUCACCGAUGGUUUGCGGUGGAGUCUGCAUGAAGCUAUGGAUCUUGGAGUUAAAUAUUUUCAGCACAGCUUUAGCAGCUGUGCUUAUCUUCUUACUGUUUCGCUAAGUCAAAGGUGUCCUGGUGAGAUGAAGUUCAGUAGAAGGGAAGAUUGCAAAGCCAGCAUCAUAGUUUAGCUCCAGCCUGGCCAAUUUCAGCAGCUAAAACCCAGCAGUUGGGCUACCCAUUCCCUCCCCCCACCUCAAGGGAAAGGAAAUGAAAAGAAAAAAGACUUGUGGGUUGGAAACUAAACUAAAACAGCUUUAAUAAAAUAGUAAUAAUAAAGAAAAUAAUAAGAAAUAAUAGAAUAUAUACAAAUACAUGAAAUUGCAUCCUCACCCCUCUAAGAUUAUACAUCACCUGAAAUGCUGCAGAGCAAGUCGGGGAAGGGGUCAGUGGCAAAAGAGAACUGGA